CGGACGAGAGGGCGCAAAGAGGGUGCCUUCGAUUGUGCUGGAUGUGCGGCGAGUUGGGGCUUGACGUCGAGGGCUCUACGCCUGUGUUCAGCAGGUCAGAAUUCGAAGAAAGGGCGGGGGAGGUGACGUCAAGAGCGCGUACGCGAAGGGAUCCUCCUGCAUAUAACACGAGUCGCGAGAGAGUAGCCUCACACAUUUGCCAUGUCUACCAACGCAGCACACAAUAUCGCGAAAGAGCCCGUCGAUACCAAGGACACCAUCCUGGAGACGGGCGCAAGCAUCAUUCAGGACUUUGAGCCAGUCAACAACAUCUGCGCACACCUGAAUGCUUACCACAUCUAUGCCGACGAUCCCUCCCGCGCAGUCGAAGCCCAGCACUACUGCACACACAUCUCCAAAGACAUCCGCCAAUGCAUCAUCUACGACUCACCCGAGAAGAACGCCCGCCUCAUCGGCGUCGAAUACAUGAUUACUCCGCGCCUCUACGAAGAGCUACCCCCCGACGAGCGCAAGCUUUGGCAUAGCCACGUCUUCGAAGUCAAGUCCGGCCAGCUCAUCAUGCCUCAGCCAAAGACCUCCCUCACCCCCGCGAAGGUCUGGGAGACGGCCGAGCUGAAGGAGAUGGAGGACGUGAUUGGGCUGUAUGGGAAGACGUAUCAUCUCUGGCAGGUCGAUCGGGGAGACGCGGUCCCGUUGGGUCCGCCGAAGCUGAUGAUGAGCUUCACGCAUGCGACGGAGAACUUUGAGAAGGUAGUGCAGGAUAGAGACAAGCGGUGGGGGGUCGACCAUGAGGAGAAGGCGCGCUCGAGGGCAUAUAUUCCAGAUCCAAAGGUGCAUCCGGACGCGGAUGCCUGGGAUCACAGCAAGCUAGCCUAGGUUGAUCAGUUGUCUGUAACAAAGCAGAGCUGCAAGACGCACACAUUUACAAUGUUAUGUUCACCACUCAGAUG